AUGUCAUGUAUGAUUAUCAGUAAAGAUGAAAAAGUUCAAGAUAUUAACGCUAUUUCUGUUGAAAUUCCUGGAUAUACUUACUGGAUUAAAUGUCUUACGACUAAUCACACAAUUUCGUCAGAUAAUCAGGAAAUAAGCUAUGAUUUCACUCCGAAUAUUUAUAGUUCUAUAUCUAUUACAUAUAAUAACUCAACACUAUCAUUAUAUUCAGCACCUGGUAAUAUAGAUAUGAGUGGAUUUGGAUAUAAGUAUUCAUACCGCCAACAUGUUCAAACAUUAGAUACGAUCUUAUCGUUUUAUUCUGGUCCUAACUUUACUGUUCCUAAUACAAUUAUUCCAGAUGAUUUGGAUGGCUUUUUUGUAUAUUUAUUAGAUAAUGGUCGUAAUAUAACUGCUGAAUCUCUUUGUGGAACUACGACUUCUUGUGUUGAUUCAUGUGUUCUGCAACAAAAAACUGACUUAAAUUCAGAUUGGUGCCUUUUAAUAGGAAAUUUCUAUGUAAACCAAUCUGUUAAUUUUGAAAUUUCGUAUCAAACUUAUAGUCCUUCUAAAGAAAUGUCUGAAACUACUAAAAUUAUUCUUAUUUCAACUAUUUGUGGUGGUGGUGUCAUUAUUUUAGCGAUUUCUUUAAUUGCUUACAAAUAUUCAAACCAUUCUAAAUUAAAAUCCAAAUUUAAAAGUGGAUCUAAUGAAAAUCUUGAUGAAGAUUUUCUUAAACAUAAGCCUGAAUUUUCUGAUAUGUACACUGGUGGUAAACUAAAUGAUGAUAGUGGCAAUAACUACAACUUAAAUGGUCACUUAGGUAAUAACGAUGAACAAAAUUAUAAUAAUUCUGGUGAUCCACCAUUAUAUGACGGACAAAAUUUUGUAAAACCUACAGUUAAAAAUGUAAAAGAUGUAAAAAAGGUGGUGGAAAAUGUUGUUAUAAAGGAUGAAAUAAAAGAAGACAAAGCCGACAUACUAGUUAUAAGUGAAGAUAAUAACAAUAUGAAUCGAAAAAAAGACAAUAUAAGUGACGACAUUAUUUUAAAAGUACAAGAUGAAGAAUUAAAUAUGAAAAAUGUUGGAACUUCUUCAAACAAAUAA